UAUCACUAGAAAAUCCGUCAAAAUUUUUGGCAUGGUUGAUUUUUGCGAGGUCGAGUAAGAUACAACCGUUUUAUUGAAAAUAUUUAUUAUUAUGAAAAUGGAGUGGAAACCUGAAGAAGAAGGAUUAAGACAAAUUUUAACUCUGUUGAAGGAGUCCCAAUCACCAGACACUGCAACUCAAAGAGCAGUUCAACAAAAAUUAGAGGAAUUGAAUAAAUAUCCAGAUUUUAACAAUUACCUCAUAUACGUCCUGACAAAACUGGUUUCGGAAGAAGAACCAACAAGGUCACUUAGUGGUUUAAUUUUGAAAAAUAAUGUAAAGUCACAUUACAACAGUUUUUUACCGGAGGUCGCAGAGUUUAUUAAGCGAGAAUGCUUAUCCGCUAUCGGUGAUCCAUCACCAUUAAUUCGAGCUACUGUUGGAAUCAUCAUAACAACUAUUGCCAGCAAGGGAGAGAUUACAUCUUGGCCUGAACUCUUACCUUUAUUAUGUCAAAUGCUUGAUUCACAAGAUUACAAUGUUUGUGAGGGUGCAUUUGGAGCACUUCAAAAAAUAUGUGAAGAUACAGCUGAACUUCUUGAUAGUGAUGCUUUAAACCGACCAUUAAAUGUCAUGAUACCUAAAUUCCUACAGUUUUUUAGACAUUCUUCUCCUAAAAUAAGAUGUCAUGCUAUUGCUUGUGUCAACUUCUUUAUUAUGAGUAGGACACAAGCACUUAUGUUGCAUAUUGAUGCCUUUAUUGAAAAUCUCUUCUUUCUUGCUAGUGAUGAAGAUCCAGAUGUACGGAAAAAUGUUUGCCAUGCUCUAGUUUUACUGUUGGAGGUUCGUUUGGAUAGACUUACACCUCAUUUGCCAAAUAUCAUUGAAUAUAUGCUGCUACGGACCCAAGAUGCAGAAGAGGCUGUUGCAUUGGAAGCAUGCGAAUUUUGGCUGUCACUGGCUGAUCAAAGCAUUUGUAGGGAGGUUCUUGGCCCUCGUCUGCCAGCGCUAUUGCCAGUUCUAGUCAGGGGUAUGCGAUACUCUGAAAUGGAUGUAAUUCUGCUUCGGGGUGAUCGUGACGACGACGCAGACGAAGAAGAGCCAGACCGAGACGCGGAUAUACGGCCAAGGUUCCACAAACCUCGCUCACAUACCAUCAAACAUAAUGUUGGUGGAGGUGAUAGCAACAUGUCAGGGGGUGGGGAAUCAGAUGAUGAAGAUGAUGGUGGAGACACAGACAGCUCUCUCUCUGAUUGGAAUCUUCGGAAAUGCAGUGCCGCUGGUCUAGAUGUUCUAGCUAAUGUAUUUGGGGCAGAUUUGCUUCCCGUUUUGUUUCCAAUACUUAAGGAAACGCUCUUUCAUGAUGAUUGGGUUAUUAAGGAAAGCGGCAUUUUAGCCCUGGGCGCUGUGGCAGAUGGGUGCAUGGUGGGUAUGGUGCCACAUCUCCCAGAUCUUGUGCCAUACUUAGUAUGCUGUUUGUCUGAGCGUAAGGCUCUCGUACGAUCAAUCACUUGCUGGACCCUAUCACGAUACUCCCAUUGGAUUGUAUCUCAAUCUCAUGAUUUGUAUCUACGACCUGUUAUGACUGAGUUAUUGAAACGAGUGCUUGACAACAAUAAGCGCGUCCAAGAAGCAGCAUGUUCCGCAUUCGCGACCCUUGAAGAAGAGGCUUGCACUGAGCUCGUUCCAUAUCUGGGACAUAUCCUACAGACCCUAGUGUUUGCCUUCGGCAGAUAUCAGCACAAAAAUCUUCUAAUACUAUAUGAUGCUAUCGGCACUUUGGCUGAUUCGGUGGGACAUCACUUGAACAAGCCAGAAUAUAUAGGGCUAUUGAUGCCUCCGCUCAUUACAAAGUGGAAUGUUCUCAAAGAUGAAGACAAAGAUCUCUUUCCACUACUUGAGUGUUUGUCAUCAGUAGCAACAGCUCUACAAUCAGGCUUCCUUCCAUAUUGUGAACCUGUAUUCAGAAGAUGCGUCUCUCUCAUCGAGCAAACAUUAAAUCAGAACAUUGCAAACACACAGAGCCCGGAACAAUUUGACGCCCCAGAUAAAGACUUUAUGAUAGUUGCGCUAGACCUGUUAAGCGGGUUGGCUGAAGGCCUGGAUGGUCACAUUAACCAUCUGGUGCUAAAUUCGAACCUGAUGCAGCUGCUUUACCAGUGCAUGCAGGACCCCAUGCCUGAGGUACAUCCUGUGCGCCAAUCGUCUUUUGCGUUGCUAGGCGACCUCACAAAGGCAUGUUUUCAACACGUGCACCCAUACAUUCCGGAAUUCUUGCCAAUACUAGGCAUGAAUUUAAACCCGGAAAUUAUAUCUGUGUGCAAUAACGCCACAUGGGCAAUUGGGGAAAUCAGUAUUAAGCUUGGUCCGGAAACAUCAAAAUAUAUUCCAUUAGUUUUGAACCACUUGGUUGAUAUUAUUAAUCGACCCAACACACCCAAAACACUAUUAGAAAACACAGCGAUAACUAUCGGUCGGCUAGGUUAUGUGUGCCCCCAUGACGUCGCACCCGUUUUACAACAAUUUGUACGCCAGUGGUGUACAUCACUGCGGAAUAUCCGCGACAACGAAGAGAAAGAUUCAGCAUUCCGAGGCAUUUGUCAAAUGAUACAAGUAAAUCCCGGGGGCGUGGUUGCGGACUUUAUGUUCUUCUGUGACGCGGUUGCGUCGUGGUCCCAUCCGAAAGAGGAUUUAAAGGAAAUGUUUACGAAGAUCCUUCAUGGGUUCAAGAACCAAGUGGGUGAGGAGAAUUGGCGCCAGUUCACCGAUCAGUUUCCUAUGCAACUGAGCGCGCGUCUUUCCGCCAUGUGCGGAAUAUAAGACUCUACGACUCGUUAAAUGGGGAACCAAUGUCAGCAGGGUCGGGGAGACAUUGCAUGGCCGGUAAGAGGCCGGGAGGGUGUGCCAACAAAUCUGUGACGCUUUAGUGCUCCUUACACGUGUAUUACGCGGCAUCCACUUAACUGACAAGAGUCUGUGGCUCGAGGGGAAACGCACAUGGGAAACGGGGUGCUAGGCUUAGGAACCACGUUGCAUGCUUACGUGGGCACAUAUAUUGCAGUCGUUCUGCCUCUAGUUUAGUACUUCACUGUUUCAGAGCUGAAACAGUCGUCGACUAUCAAUACGUUGUAAGAUAGACUUCAGCUCUUGAUUGCUAGUGAAUCGGAAUGUUAUAUUGCAUGAACUUAGUCAUUAGUGUACGUGUGACGUACUUUUCGAAUUGGUUUUUAAUUGUUUCAGAGAACGUUUUGUAAAUGUCUAUUCCAAAUUUUGUAGUUGAAUUCCAGAAUUUUUCAGCCUAAGUUCUGAACUCAAAAUGUGGUUUGUUUUUGACUGAAGUCUGUACUCUGCUCAGCAUAGAUUUUGUGUUCACAUAGUAACUAACCCUUGUCUAUAUAAUAUAUAAAUAUUACAAAACGUGUUUUAUACGCAUUUAUCUGUUUCACAACUAGUUUUAUAUGUAUUCUAUAAAUAAAAUUGUACGUGUUUAAUAUAAAUUACAAAGACUUAGUGAAAUCGAGAAUUUAUGUCAACUGUGAUUUGUGACUGGUUUAUUUCGAGUAAUAUUUAAUUAUGUGUAUGUUUAUGUCUGUGACGCGUCGAUACAUCGCUUUGAUAGUUUUUACGUCAUGUGGGUAUCUGCUAUAUAAUACCAAAUAGUAUUUUUAAAUGGUUUAUUUUGUUUGCAUGUUUGUUGAUCUCACGACUAACAUUUUGAGACCUUAACCGAACACAAUAUAUUGCAUGUAACAGUUUUAUAGAUAGGGUAAAAAAUAAUAAAAAUAGAUUUUGAUAAAGUUCCUACAACAUUUAGCCCAGUUAGUAACAAAUGGAAUGCUCGUGUUAAGUUCGCGACAAGUUAUUGUGUGAUCAACUAUGAAUGAUUAACGUGUAUUUAAAUAAAUAGAUUUCACUUUUAUGUAUAUGUAAAUAUAUUAUUUCGUUGUAUUUUAAUAUAAUAAUUAUAUGCAAUUAAAUUGUUACUUUUUAUAUUAAAAACUUAAAAGUCUGACUUUAACAACUUGUUAUGUCAUUUACGUACAGAUACUCAACGCCAGCAACCUUUUUUUAUGGUUUUCGUACAUAUUAAAUUAAUUUUAUAGUAAUUGAAAUAAACUAAAUUAAAUUAACCACGAACGUCAUGUUAUAUGAAUUGAAAAAUUGGACAAUUACAAUGAAUAACAGUAAAAGGAGGUUUGCUUAUUUGAGGUCUAGUGAUAGAUAACAUUUGCAAUAUUGUAUUAGUAGUUUUAGUUUGGGUCAUGAGCGUUAUUUCGGGGGUACAAUUUUAAACAUUCCUUGGGGCUUGAAUAGGGCGAUUUAGUUUUGAGUCAAAAAUGUACGUAAUACAAUAUUUCAUUUAACGAUUAACGCAGCUGUGUUGUUUGAAAUAUUUGAUUAUGUAAAUCCCUGUCCCGAAAAUCCGGUGAAGUUCCUACCCCGAUUCCUUUCUAGUCCCACUCCCUGUGAUGUGCCAACGAAGCCAUAAUGUACAAAGCUCACUUUACGUUCAACUUUUGUAGUCUAGUCUCGCGUUUCAACGUGAAGUUCACAAAAGGCAACCCGUUAUUAAAAUGUAAGAAUUCACAUCUCGGCGUCGCAUUAUUGUCUAAGGAUUUUAUUUACGCGAAACUACGGGUGUCUCAAUUUAUUUUUAAGAUUAUUAGAUAUUUUCACUGUAUAGUUUAUAUUGUAGUAUUUUGUUCUGAAAGUGAUUAGCUUAAGUGACCGAUGUGUGAGUGAGCGGCGUUCGUAAGGCACCAUUCCUUUCCUCAACAUUCAUUAUAUUCAAUUAAUUAAUAUUGGAAGUAUUUAAAAAAUUUAUUUUAAUGAUAUGCUAAUUUCAUUUCAAAAUUAGAAAUACGGUUUUCUUUUCGAAAUUACGCAAUAUUUUACGUUGUUAAACAUAAUGCGUGAACACUAUUGUACAACUAGCAACACAGUUGACAUCCCAUUUAGGAAAAUCUUUCAUAUUUAUCGCAAAAGUGUAUAAAUAUUUUUUUUUAAUUUAAAGUUGCUUUAUCGCAUAAAUACUCAUAAAUUUGUAUCUAGAUCAUAUUUUAUAUUCGUUACCGUGGAGCCAAAUUAUAUGGAUCAUACUUUCGUAUCUAUUUUGAUAUCUGUAUUCUAUUUAUAAUAUUUAUAAUGUAUUUUCUUUAUUUUAUAUUAUGUUUAACGAGUAAAUUACUGUCAUUAGUGUAUCCCGUUGGCAUGAUUUCAGUGUUGUAGAUAAAAACUGGGUUUAAUUGCAAUGUUGUGUAAAUGUAGUGGGUACAAUGUCCUUUGAUCGAGUUAUUUGCUACCUCAAAUAAGGCCUAACGUACACACGAGACGUUUUACCAGCUAUCACAGGCAAAAUCAUCGUUUGUCAAACUAAUAAUUUUCAUACAAUUUAUUAAUCAUUUCACCCAAAAGGAAAUCCCUUCCUAAGAGAGAAGUAUGACCGUUUCUUUAUACGGCGCUUUUGUUUAGACAAACAGAACUCUGAUCUAUCAACCAAUCGUAAUAUUUCUGUGUGAAAUAUACAUAUAUAAAUUGACGUUUUGUAUUAAAGUCGUAUUUGUACUCACUGUUUGUCGGAAUUGUAAAUACAUACCUAAUCAAGGCACGACACGUGCGCUACACUUAAGUAUUUAGUAUGUAAUGUAAGUUCUGGUUGUAUUCAUUGACCUCACCGUGAAAUUCUUUUACCAUACAUUUCGUUAAUAAAGCACUCAUUGUUCA